AGUCGUAUAAUAAUAUUUUGAAAUGAUUGCCGUCAUUUCCCCUACUUUGUCUAAUGGUUGCAAUCAAUUCGAUAAAGCACAAUUUUGACCAACCUUUAUCGGAGAUUAAGUGAAAACAAUUGCAUAAUUUAUGGUGACGUCAAGAAAUCAUUGUAGUCGUUGUUUUAAUAUUAAAAUAGCCAGUCGUGUGCUAAGAUUGUGGGGCCAGAACAAAAAAAUUAAACUUUGGUAUUUUUGUACGGAGUUUCCACGGUGGCUAAUGCGAAAAUUCUGCGAGUUCGCGAAAAUGAGAGAGUGGUUUGAGUUUUACCGCUUUUCAUAAAGUUAAAAUUUUCAUGCUUAAAAAUAGUAAUUUAAAAAAAAUGCUAGUCGGACCUACUUGUCAGUUGAUGUCGAUAUUUAUCGGCGCAGUGCAGGUAUGUUUCAUGCCAGCGCCCGUGGGGCAGUGUCAAGACUGUUGUCCGAGAAAUGACCGCAUUGACAUCAAGUAUAAGCUUUUUACAAGGUACGACGUUAUUUUUAACACCAUUUCUGAGUACAUUCGAAAUUAUCAGAAAUAAUGAUUUGAGGUCAUUGACUCGAAGCAGGUUUAAUACCUCUCAUCCAACUGUCAUUUAUCUCUUUGGUUUUUCCGAAGCCUCCACGGGCAUCAGCACGUUAACUUUGAAGAAUGCGUAUUUGAGUACAGGAGAAUACAACUUUGUAAGCGUUGACUGGUCGCGGCUUGUUGCAUUUCCUUGGUACGUAUCAGCAGUGCAAAAUACUCGUUACAUGGGUAAACGACUGGCUGAUUUUAUACAAUUCCUGAAUUCAGCGGGGGUACCCGCGCGCUCUUUGCAUGUUAUUGGAUUUUCUUUGGGCGCUGAAGCUGCUGGCUUCACAGGCAAGGAGCUUAAGAGAAGAGGUUUACUUUUAGGAAGGAUAACAGGUCUAGAUCCAGCAUAUCCGGGUUACAGUUUAUACGACAGUGGAGGACACCUUAGCAAUGGUGACGCAGCAUUUGUAGACGUCAUACACACAAACCCUGGCGUAUUUGGCUUCCCUCAGCCAAUUGGUGAUGUAGACUUUUACCCUAAUCAUGGGGAAUGGAUUCAACCGGGAUGCUGGAUUGAUCAGCUGUUUAGGAAUCGACAAACAAGUUUUGUAUAUGGCUGUAGUCACAAUCGAGCAUGGAGACUAUAUGCGGAAUCAGUACGAAACCCGACUGGAUUUCCAAGUACGGCGUGUCGAGAUUGGAGGAGCACCUCAUCUCCUUGUGUCUUCAGUAUUGACGGAUACAUGGGAUUAGGCGCCCAACCAUCUUCGCAUGGGAAACUAUACUUGGCAACGAAUGAUCGACCUCCUUUUGCGAGAAAUGGGCAAUAGCAGAGGACACUGAGAUUUUUUAAAUAUUGCGUGUUUGGAUAAUUACGACUUCAAUUGUUUUAUUAAUUUGAAUAUGACUUUCAAAGUUGGUACUUACCAAUUAAAUACAUUUGUAUAGCUGUAGCAUUCCUUAUAUCAACACAUGUUCAGAUCAGUUUCAGGUUUUUAAUAAAGAAAUACAUUAAUAUUGUAAUAAUGAUUAAUAAUCAUUAAUAAUUUUUGUUUGGAUUUGGCAGUAUA